AUGGUCAACAUUCUAAAAAACAUACGAAAACGACUCAACAACGACAAAACAUUCAGACCAUACCGUCCCGACCAAGACUCAGAAAUCGAUCGCGCGCAGAUACAUCAUCAUUUGGCAAAUGCUGUGUGGGGGAAUAAUUAUUCGGCGCCAGUGCAAGAAAAGUUAAAGAAAGGUGCUCGCGUGUUGGAUAUCGGAUGUGGCCCAGGCACCUGGAUAUGCGACAUGGCAUCCGACUACAAAAACUCCACAUUUUUCGGAAUUGACGUUCUCCCGAUAUUUCCCACCGAGCGCCCAUUCAACGCCCUUUUCAAAAUUGGCAACAUACUACAUGGCCUAAAGUUCCCGGACGGGUCGUUUGAUUUCGUGCAUAUGAGUUCGAUGGGACUCUGGUUGACCCAGGAGCAAUAUGAGACAGUGGUGGUGCCAGAGCUGGUUAGGUUGGUGAAGCCUGGUGGAUGGGUUGAGAUUAUGGAACCGGAAUUAGAAAUUUAUAAUGCUGGCCCACAGAUAACAAAAGCACAACAAAAAUUCCGAAGAGGACUAAAAAAGCACGGUCGUGAUCCCUUACUCGCCAUAGAAAUCGACCGCUUCCUCCAUUCUUCAUACCAACUAAUAAAAGUCUCACGAAAACAAAAAGAAUGUGCAGUCGGCAUUCCUUCAUCGUCGGAUCUUCAUAUACAAUAUGCUGUGAAAACGAAUUGUUCGUCUUUUUGCUCGUCAUCGACUACGACGAUAAAUGAGAAUAAUUCCAAUAGCGAGACAAGUACGGAUAGCAAUUAUAAUAAUGCUGAUACAAAGGCUAUCGACGUGAACAAAGAAAACGCUGAAAGACAAAUCGGACUACUCGGUGCACAGAUAGCUAUCUCGCUGUUGGUCAGCUCGCUGGUCUCGCUGUAUGAAAUACGACAACAGACGUUCGAACGUAAGGUGCAAAAACUCGUGAAAGAGGCUAAUGAACGACGGUGUUGGAUUAAUUAUCAUAGAGUAUUUGCGCAGAAACAAAAGUUUAUAUUGUGA